CAUUUAUAUACCUACAGAUUCAAUGGCGUAUUAAUAUCUGGCAUUACCUUUAAGGUACGCAGCUGUCACUGUGCACUUUGUCCGUCACUUGCCUGUAGCUGUCCACAUUGCAAAAACACAUUUGAAUAGUAAGAUAAUGACUGAAGAGGCGUUGGACGUGAUGGUGGUUGGUUCCUGUAUGACUGAUUUGGUGAGCCAGGCGCCAAGGCUUCCCAAAGCUGGAGAAACCAUCCAUGGUCACAAGUUCUUCAUUGGGUUUGGAGGGAAAGGGGCCAACCAAUGCAUACAGGCUGCAAGACUGGGGGCCAAAACCGCUAUGGUCUGCAAGGUUGGUAAAGACUUCUUUGGAGACAAUUACAUCCAGAAUUUCAAGGACAAUGGUGUAAACACAGACUUCGUAGGACAAACCUCUGAUGCAGCGACAGGAGCUGCCUCCAUCAUUGUUAACAGUGCAGGGGAGAAUGCCAUUGUGAUUGUGGCCGGUGCGAACAUGCUGCUGGGCAGUGAGGAGCUGCAGAACGCUCUCCCAGCCAUCAAACAAGCAAAAGUUCUGGUGUGCCAGCUGGAGAUCAGCCCGCAGACAUCCUUACUGGCUCUACAAAUGGCUCAGGAGAACAAAGUCAAGACGAUAUUCAACCCAGCGCCCGCCAUUCCUGACUUGGAUGCAGCUUUCUACAGAGCCUCCGAUGUGUUCUGCUGUAAUGAGUCUGAGGCCGAGCUGCUGACGGGCUCCUCGGUGGUGAACGUGGAGGACGCUCAUCGAGCCGGUCGGGAGCUUCUGAAGCGAGGCUGCCGCUCGGUCGUCAUCACUUUGGGACCUCAAGGCUGCGUGGUGCUCGAGGCGGAGGAGUCUGCCUCGAAACAUGUUCCGACUACAGCAGUCACAGCAGUGGACACGACGGGUGCAGGAGACAGCUUUACUGGAGCGCUGGCCUUUUACAUGGCUCAUUAUCCCACAAUGCCUCUGGAGGAGAUGGCACGCAGAGCCAAUCAGGUGGCAGGAGUGAGCGUGCAGGCGGUCGGCACGCAGGCGUCCUACCCGCUCAGGAAGGACCUACCGGCUGAACUGUUGUAAGAAUCAUUGAGUAGACCCCAGUGUCAGGCUGAAGUUGAAGACUUGCAGUAGUGCGACAUAUUCACUGUCAUCAUGUCAAGAAUGCGAGGGGGCGUGAGACUGCAGGGCAUGAUUACAGAAUCCUCUUCCUCUUCUUUUUUUUCCCACAAAUGGGUCUUAUUCUGAGAUUGAAGUUCCUGUUCAAGAACUUUGAAUAAAUUCUACUUGUAUUUUUUGUUGGUGUUGUAAAAAACUGCAACUUCACAUCCCCAUUACAAUGACUGUUUGACAUUUAAACCACUAAGGAACAGUAUCUCUACAUAGAGGUCUGCAGAGGGAGCUUCUUCAGGCCCCUUGUCAAGACUUUCAGGAGGUCUUGUUGAGCUAAGUCUAAUUGAAAUGAAAUAACAAGAUUCUUUGGAGAAGACUUAGAAUGAACCACAUGAUGAUCAACAUAAUAUAAUUUGACAUAUUGUAACAUAAAUGGUGCCUUUGUCAUUUGACAGUUAUUCUUUUUUUGACCUUGUUUUUUUGACUUUGC